UCCUCCUAAUACCAUUGGAGCAAACACCCCAGCAUCUACUCCUUCCUUCUUGGGAAUCCCCCCAGCCCAAUUUUAGGAGGCUGGGAGCUGUCCCAGGAGGGAACUGCCCUGCAUCCUUUGAGUUCGCUCCAGCCUCAGGUGUAUCUGGAUGAAAAGCCUUCCACCUGCGUCUGGAGUCCUGAUCCUAGCCCGUCUGUGCAGACCCUGGGAUUUCUGUCACUGCUUCCACACAGCAGUGGGACCCUAUACCCUAAUGACCCCUCCUUGGUCUCAGGUACCUGUGGCCACUCGGCUUUGGCCUCUGUUUUCUGACGUGGAUCCUUCUCCACUGGGAGAACCCUCAAAACUCCACAGGUCUUAACCUGGUCUGAAAACUACCCAGGAUUGAGCCCCUCCCAUUCCCUGGCACCCCUGGCCCCUCAUCUGCUGUGAGGAGGGGGGUUCCUGACAGCAAGCUCCAAACGAGGAAACCGAGGCUCAGAGAGGGAACUCACUGCCCAGAUCACACAGGCAGAUGAUAAUCAGAAAUUAAAUAAAACUCAGCUCCACACCCAAUGCCCCAAUUCAUAGCUCAAAUCUAAGUAAUUGUUCCCCAGACCCUGAACGGGAACUGGGUACAGAUGUGCCACCCAAGGACACUGGGGGCUGAGGAGGGAGCAGAGACUCAGAGAAGGGUUCCAGCAAUGUGCAGAAUAGUAGAAGGAUGAGGAGAAAGGAAGAGGGGUUGUUUAGAACAAUGAAAAUUCAUGGUCCGCAGCCAGGAGAAAGGUCAUAUGUCCUUCCCUUAUUCCCUAUACGAUCCCUUUGUGCUCCCGGCCACACAGCAGCUCACCGUGAGCUGCUCUGUCACAUGUUCACAGGUCUCUGCUGGUCUGAGUCAGCCAAGGGCACAGACCUGCCCUUCGCUAAAGCACCUCCAGGGCAGGUGCGACGACUGGCCAUGGUGAGGACCCCACCGCACUGUGCUGAAGGAGGGAACCCCACUGAGGAUCCAAGGGAGGGAGGAGCACUGCUCACCCUCACCAGGGAGGGGCCAACACAGGAGGCACCAGGUCCAUUUGCUGCUGGGUCCUGACCCUCAGGGAGAUGAGGACAGAUGAGGCACAUGGUGGCUGGGGCCCAGGGAGAACCUACUUCUGUCUGAAGGGUCUGCAGAGAGCCAGGUGCUCACUCCAGCCAAACCCCUGGGGAAAUGAGAACCCGGCUUCUGGGGGGUGGGGAGCAGUUCCCCUUCCUGUGGGGCAGCUGAUGGGACAAUCGCAUGACAGGAAGAACCCAGCCUCCCAGUGAACACACCCUGUGUUUCUGUCCUGAGGGCACCGUGGUGCCCUCCAUCUGCACAGCCAGGGCCACUGGGAGGAGACACCAUGACCCCCACCCUCACGGCCCUGCUCUGCCUUGGGUUGAGCCUGGGCCCCAGGACUUACAUGCACGCAGGGAACCUCCCCAAACCUACCCUCUGGGCUGAGCCAAGCAACGUGAUCACUCUCGGUAGCCCUGUGACCAUAUGGUGUCAGGGGACCCUGGAUGCCCAGGAGUAUCGACUGGAUAGAGAGGGAACCCCAGCACCCUGGGCCAGACGGAAACCACUGGAGCCUGGGAACAAGACCAAGUUCAACAUCCAAUUCAUGACAGUGCAACAUGCAGGGCGAUAUCGCUGUUACUAUUAUAGCCUGACCAGCUGGUCAGACCGCAGUGACCCUCUAGUGCUCACAUUGAGAGGAUUCUACGCUAAACCCACCCUCUCAGCCGUGCCAAGCCCUGUGGUGACCUCAGGGGGGAAUGUGACCCUCCAGUGUGGCUCACAGCAGAAAUUUGACAAGUUCAUUUUGACUAAGGAAGGAGAUCAAAAGCUCUUCUGGACACUGGACUCACAGCAAACCUCCUAUGGGCACUUCCAGGCCCUGUUCCCUGUGGGCCCUGUGACCCCUAGAUUGACGUUCAGAUGCUAUGGCUAUAACAGGAACAAUCCACAGGUGUGGGUGGGUCCCAGUGACCCCCUGGAGCUCCUGGUGUCAGGUGUGUCUAGGAAGCCCUCCCUCCUCACCCUGCAGGGCCCUAUCCUGGCCCCUGGACAAAGCCUGACCCUCCAGUGUCGCUCUGAUGUCGGCUAUGACAGAUUCACACUGUUCCAGGAUAGGGGAUAUGUCUUCACCCAGAGCCCUGGCUGGCAGCCCCAGGCUGGGCUCUCUCAGGCCGACUUCCCCCUUGGCCCUGUGAGGGGCUCCCACGGGGGUCAGUACAGAUGCUACGGUGGAUACAACAACCACUCCUCACAGUGGUCAGCCCCCAGUGACCCCCUGGACAUCCUGAUCUCAGGAGAGCUACUGGACAGGCCCUCCCUCUCAGUGCAGCCGGGCCGCAGGGUGGCCUCAGGAGAGGACGUGACCCUGUUGUGUCAGUCAUGGAGCAAGAUGGACACUUUCCUUCUGGCCAAGGAGGGGACAGCCAAUCCCCCUCUGCAUCUGGGAUCAAAGUACAUGGCUGGAUGGUACCAGACCAAUUUCUCCAUGAGUCCUGUGACCUCAGCCCACAGGGGGACCUACAGGUGCUAUGGCUCAUGCAGCCCCUCUCCCUACCUGUUGUCACUGCCCAGUGAACCCCUGGAGCUCAUGGUCUCAGAAGUCACUUGGGCCCAAGGCCUGGACACAUCCCAUAAAGUUCUGAUUGGGGUGUCAGUGGCCAUCAUCCUGCUGCUCCUCCUCGCCCUCUUCCUCCUCCUCCGACACCGGAUUCAGGGCAAACACAGGAUCCCAGCCCAGAGAGAGACUGAUCCCCCACGUCCUGCAGGGACUGUUGAACCAAAGCCCAAGGACAGAGGCCUGCAGCAGAGGUCCAGCCCAGAUGCAGACAUCCAGGAAGAAAAUCUCUAUGCUACCGUGAAUGACACUCAGCCUGAGGACAGGGUGGAGCUGGACAGUCAGGCUGCUGUACCUGAUGACCCCCAGGAUGUAACCUAUGCCCAGGUACACAGCUUGACCCUCAGACAAGAGACACUUAAACCUCCUUUGUCCCAGGAAGGAGACACUCCCGAAGAGCCCAGCGUGUAUGCUGCUCUGGCCGUCCACUAGCUCAGGAGGGCCCCACACCCCACAUUGCACGGACACUCAGGGACUGGAAAGGCCUAGGAGCUGCCCCAGCGGACACAGGACUAGUGAACCCCAGCCUAGAUCCCUAACGAAUGCCAUCAGGAGGUCCAGGGAACUUUUGGGAGUCACCUAAUUCUGCAUCAGAGAUAAAUAAUACCAAGAUCUACAUUUUGGAAAUAAAGUAACAGACUUUUCUUUUUUUAAGUAACAGACUUUUCAAAUAGUCAAUGAGUUAAAUGAGAAAACAGCAAGAAUUGCAUGAUAAUAUCACCCAUCAAAGCUAUACAAUGGGAAAGAACAAUGAAUGUACCUUCUAAGAAGCCUUUUAAAAAUCAGUGAUUAUGUCAACAGUUUAGAAAAAUAAUAAAUGAUUCCAAAUGAAGAUAGAAGGAAGG